AUUUUUUGUAAAAAGUGAAUGCUUCAAAUAAGUAGUUUAAGAGAUCGUUUAAAAUGCAAGAUAGAAUUUAGUGAAGAUGAAGAGAAAGGAGAAAUAAUAAGUUUGAGUAGUGUAGAUGACACUUUAAGAUUUGAAGAUAGAUAUGAAUAUAAAGAAUUAUUGGGUAUUAAAAUAUGUAAAUGUUCAGGAUAGGGAGCGCAUGCAGUAGUAAAAUUAGCUAAAAAGAAGGGAACAAAUGAUUUGUUUGCAGUAAAAAUAAUGAGGAUGAACAAUGAAGAGGUUUAUAAUAAUGUAAGAAGAACAUUUAAUAAUUCUCGUUGUUUAAGACAUUAGAAUAUAAUAUAAGAAUAUGAACUAUAUAUAAAUGAGAAAUAUUAUACAGCAAAUUUAAUAAUGGAAUAUUGUCCAUAUCCAUCAUUAGAGCAUAUCUUGAAAGAUAGAUAAACUUUAAAGGAAGAUGAGGUAAGAAUAAUUAUAAAAUAAUUAUUAUUGGCAGUAGAACAUAUACAUAAUAAAGGAAUAAGUCAUAGAGAUAUAAAACCAGAUAAUAUAUUAGUAAAUGUAGAAGGGAAUUGUGAAUUAAAAUUACUUGAUUUUGGAGUUUCAAGAAGAUUCUUAUAUAAAAAUGUGCAUCAUGAUAUGUUAACAAAAACUGGAAAUAUAUAUUAUUGUGCUCCUGAAAUAUACCAUUAAAAUAAUUAUUCAAAAGAAAUUGAUAUAUGGAGUAUUGGAGUUAUAAUGUUUUAAUGUUUAACAGGAGAAUUACCUUUGUAAAAUGAAAAUGCUAGUGAAUAUAUAGAAUUAUUAAAUAAACCUGAAUUAUGGAAUUUUAAGAAUAGAAUUCAAGGCGAAUCAUUAAGUGCUUAAAAUUUAUUAUCUAGAUUACUUUAAUAAGAUCCAAGAAAGAGAAUUGGAUCAUCAGAUGCUUUAACUCAUCCAUUUAUAGAAAAAAAUAAAAUAUAUAGUACUUUGGCUUUGUUAUCAUCUACAAAAAUGAUUGAUAUUGAUGAUAAUGAUGAUUUAUUUAUAAAUCGAUGUCAAUCUCUAUAAACUAGUUUGUCAAUCAAUUAAAAACAAACAAUUCAUCGAGCAUUAAAAACACUUCAUCUUGGUUAAGAAUAUUAAUAAAUUAUACUUGAUGAUUUAAUUUAAGAACUUGGAAAUGUUCAUAUAAUAUAAAGAAGAAAUAGUGAUAAAUGUUAAGGAUUUAUUUAAUUAGUAAAUUCUCUUGGAAAUAGUUAAGGAAUAACUAUUAAUAAAGUAGUUGAUGUAAAUACAAACAAUUAUUGUAAUCUUGGUAUUGGAUCCACUUAAAGUAUUGGUAUUUUUAUUAACAUUCAUAUAUUUUAUAGUAUCUAAUGAUUAAACAUAAGAUUGUUUAGGGGAACUUGGUAACAUUCAAUCAAGUGUUGAUUUAGGAAAUGUUGGUUAAGAAAUUCAAUUCUAAUAAGAUAUUAAAAAAAAUAACAUAGCUUAAAAUAUUCAUUAAAUUGGAUCUAAAAUUGAAUGCAGUAUUGAUAUCAAUUUGAAUCUCACUGAAAGUUAAUAAGAUACUGGAUUUAAUAAUAAAUUUAAUUAAAUUGUAUCUGCACUUGAUUUCUUAGGUAUUAAAGAAUGUGAUGAGGCUGUUGAAGAUUAAUCAUGA